ACCCCUCCGCCUCCUCGACAGACCAGCAUUUAACAAGCUGCUGAGGAACCUUCAGCUUCACCCAUCAGACCCGACGGACCUCACCCGCGAUUCAAGAGGGCUUCACUUCUUCCUGACGUAGCAGCUUACAGCCAUGAAGGGAAUGAUUCUCCAGCUCAGCCGCAACCUGAGCCGCGCCGCCCCUGUUCUUAGUCGCGGCCUCCACUCUGGCACACGUCCCGCCUCCACUGCCGCAACCAAACUGAGGUCUGACCGUCCGCUGACCUCGGACGAAAUCUACGCCCGCGAGGACAAGUAUGGGGCGCACAACUACCAGCCCCUGCCCGUGGCAUUAGAGAGGGGGGAGGGCAUCUAUUUGUGGGACGUGGAAGGCAGCCGGUAUUACGACUUCCUGAGUGCUUACAGUGCAGUAAACCAGGGCCAUUGCCACCCAAAGAUCGUAGCCGCGCUCAGCGCCCAAGCCUCCAAACUCUCCCUGACUUCCAGAGCAUUCUACAACGAUGUGCUGGGAGCUUAUGAGGAGUACAUCACUGGCUUGUUUGGCUACGACAAAGUCUUACCCAUGAAUACAGGUGUUGAAGGUGGUGAGACGGCCUGUAAGCUCGCCCGCAAGUGGGCUUACAAUGUGAAGGGGGUUCCUAAAAAUCAGGCCAAAAUCAUUUUUGCAGAUGGCAACUUCUGGGGUCGCACCAUGGCGGCCAUCUCCAGCUCAACUGACCCGAGUAGUUACGAAGGUUUCGGCCCCUACAUGCCAGGCUUUGAGCUUGUCCCAUUCAACGACAUUCCUUCACUGGAGAAAGCUCUUCAAGACCCCAAUGUUGCUGCUUUCAUGGUGGAGCCCAUCCAGGGGGAGGCUGGGGUGGUGGUGCCAGACCAGGGGUACCUCACCAAAGUCAGAGAACUUUGCACCAAAUACAACGUGUUGUGGAUUGCUGACGAGGUGCAGACCGGCUUGGCGAGGACCGGCCGGCGCCUGGCUGUGGACCACGAGGAAGUCCGUCCAGAUAUCGUGGUUCUGGGCAAAGCUCUUUCUGGAGGCGUUUACCCUGUAUCUGCCGUGCUGUGUGAUGAUGAGAUAAUGAUGACCAUCAAGCCUGGAGAACACGGGUCCACAUAUGGCGGUAACCCCAUUGCCUGCCAGGUCGCAAUCGCUGCACUUAAGGUGCUUGAGGAGGAGAAGCUGGCAGAGAACGCUCAAAGGAUGGGAGUGUUGCUGCGGAGCGAGCUGACAAAACUGCCCAAAGACAUUGUGACUACGGUCCGAGGGAAAGGCCUCCUCAACGCCAUUGUCAUUAAAGAGACUAAAGACUAUAACGCCUGGAAGGUGUGCUUGCGCCUUCGUGACAGCGGACUGCUGGCCAAGCCCACCCACGGCGACAUCAUCCGCCUGGCCCCUCCCCUCACCAUCAAAGAGCAUGAGCUGCACGACUGUAUUGAUAUCAUCCAGAGAACCAUCUUGUCCUUCUAAACGACAACCAACUAUUCAACAAUACAGACCACCUGAUAAUCAUAAUCAUAAUCAACUGAUUGUGCGAAACAUUUAUUAUUUUUUCUUAAGUUCUUUUGUACAGAAAAACAUCUGUAGAGCUAAAACGUUUUUUUUUUUUAGAUAGAGGUAAUGCAUUACCCCAAAAAUCCCAAAUAGCCCAUUGAAUAAGGAAUAGCAAUCCCACAUUACAUGAUUAAUAAUUCUAUAUAUUGCUCUGUUUGCUGUUUUUAGAGGAUGUCUGUGCUGCGUUGUGCACAAAGCAGAGGAGAUCAAUAGACAAACAGUCCCAACAAAGACAGGUAUUUUACUUUAUAUGUUCACAUAGGCCACAGUCUAUUUAUUAAUUUGUAUAUGAGCAAGUUCAAUUUUAUGGACUACUGCUGGAAUUUUCUUAAUUGGAUUAUUAUUAUCUUGUAGCCGUUUUUGUUUCAAUAAAUCGGUAUCCUUGAAGUUCGAUGUUUGUCCUCUUCUCGCAUUAGAGAAUAAUAGGACAGUGAUUAAAUGACCACAAGGAUGUGGAAAGCUUGUGUUGUUGUCACUGAAGCUUUGAAGUUGCAAAAAUGGUAUUCAGGACUGCCCUAGAUAUCAUUUUUGCUUGUGUUGAAUGAUGUUAUUAGUCGGUGUGCUUGUCUUCAAUAAAAACCUUUUUAAUUAAUAAAUAAAAUGUUUUCAGGGAUGUAUACAGUUUAAAAAAGACCCUCCCCCAAUAAAAGUACCAAUACAAAUAUG